AACACCCCAGAUCCUGCGCUUCCUCACCCCUUCCAUCUCCCAUCUCCCGCCAUCACCGCCGUCUCUCACACGUUCACUCUAUCUUGCUCCACACUUUCGACUUCGACCGCAUCUCCACACUCGCUCAUCCCAAUUCCCCAACCCGAUAACAACCACAUCUCUGGUGACGCGCAAUUUCCCAGACCGUACUCUGGACUCUUGAGGUAGCGAUGCAUCUCAAGAGCCUCACCGUGGGCAUCGCCCUCACUGGAGGUGCUGUCGCGCAGCUCUCCUUCCCUACCGACCCCGUCGGCGUGUCUGUCUUCUCCGUACUCCGCACCGCUAUCCCACCAGAAGUCCAGGUCUCCGCCUUCCAGAAUCCCUCUUCUUUCGGCGCUGAAGUCGCAUCUUCCAUCUCUGCCGGAAACCCUCCUGCCUGGUACACUGGCCUUCCCGCAGACGUAAAGUCUGCCCUCCCGUCUCUGUAUCCCGCCGCCGCCGUUACCACCCCAUCUGCCACCCCAACUUCCGCCGCCAGCUCGAGCCAGGCCUCCAGCGCAAGCAGCGAGAGCGAGAGCGCGUCCAGCAGCGCCGCGACGACCAGCUCGCCCAGCUCUUCCAGCGCAGCCUCCGCUGCCCCAUCCAGCUCCUCUACGGGUGGUGCUGCUGCUCCCACUGCCGUUGUCGGCGCAGGCCUUGCCGGUUUGAUGGGUGUCGUCGGUCUGCUCGCUCUGUAAAGGGCCUGUUUCGAUCAAUCGAAGGGAUAUGAAGGUCGCCCUGGUACUAGGCGACCUGACAUGCGAAAGUUGCAAUCUCUCGACGGGAUGGAAGGG